AUGGCGACCUCAUUGAUAAGGGCCCACGCACUCGACGCGUUCGACACGGUCCCUCGUUCGGCCAACUUGCAUCGCAUCGAUCGUGAUACGUCGGAGUUCUCGCCGUUCGACUUUUACAUUGAUGCCAGCAUCUCGGCCAUUGGUACCAGAGCUUAUGUUCAGGACACCAUCGUUAACAUGGCCUCUUUGCUCUUAGCUGGCAUCCGGCAGAUGCUAGGAGGUCGCGAUGUUUUUGGCAAGGUGGCUUUUGGGUGCUCCUGCGAAUCUUUGGGCCGACAGCUGGAGGCUGACCUUGGCCUGUUCGGGGUGCUUGACUCUGCCGCUGUCAAUCUUGGCUGCGACGACUCGGCUGCAAGGAGCUCCAGAACGGGCAAGGGUAGGAUGGGGAAAUGCAAGGAGAGGAAGGUGAAGAUGAGGCGGGAAAUUUUCAGGUUGAAGAGGUUUCGGGUUCACUUUGGGCGCAAGGCUAUCAAAGUGUUCACUUCUGGUCCGCUGCCUGGCUACAUUUACGGCUGUGAAGUCCAGGGUUUGUCGGAUGGAGAG